AUGAAGUUCUCGCCCGCGGCGUGGGCCACCGCCCUCCUCUCCCUCGCCCCCACCCUCACAUCCGCCGCUGCCGCCGUCUCGCCGCCCCCGCCACAACAACAACACGCCGCCCUCCGGACCCGGCAAUCGAGCACGGCCUGCAACAACUCGCCCGAGCUCUGCUCCCGCAACUACAACAACAUCACCCACCUCGGCGCCCACGACUCCUCUCCUCCGCGACGACUGCACCAUCCUCGACGGCGGUACCCUGCAGGACUGGCUGACCCGCAUCAACUUUUGAUGAACAACAACGCCAACGAGGUCGUGACCAUUCUCCUCGUGAACAGCGACGGCGACGAUGCCGCCGCCUACGGUGCCGCCUUCGAGGGCAGCGGCCUGAGCCGGUACGGCUACGUCCCCGAGACCGCCGGCACCUGGCCCACCCUCUCCUCCAUGAUCUCGAGCGGCAAGCGCCUCGUCACCUUCAUCGCCAGCAUCACCGAGAGCCCCUCCUACCCUUAUUUGCUCAGCGAGUUCAACUACGUCUUCGAGACCCCCUUCGAGAUCACCUCGUCCUCGGGCUUCAACUGCACCGUGGACCGUCCCAGCCGCAUUGAAUCCGCCGCCACCGCCAUCUCCCAGGGCAUGAUGUCCCUCGUGAAUCACUUCCUCUACAAGGAUCUCGGCGCCUUUGGCAUCAUGAUCCCCGACGUCGACCAGAUCGACAACACCAACAACCCCAAUGACGCCGGCGUCGGCACCCUCGGCAGGCACGCCAGCCAGUGCCGUGCCGAGUGGGGCCAGCGCCCCAACUUCAUCCUCGUCGACUUCUUCGACAAGGGCCCCGCCAUCGAUAUCGCUGACACCAUGAACGACCUCUCCCAGGCCAGCACCGGCCGCGAGACCGAGUUCUCGGCCGCUGCGAGGUUUGGCGGAAGCACUGGCAGCCGGUUCGGUGCGCUAGUCGUGGCUUUGGCCGUGGCGAACGUGAAUUUCGAACAGCGACUACAACCAGCGGGCCGCCGUCCGGCACUUUUCAUCGGCUCUCGCGACAGGACGCGGACACGGAGCGAGACCGACCGCUUACGCGACGAGCAAGGACUCGCUUUUGGGGCCACCAUGGCGAGCAAGGUGGAUUAUUCGACGCUCAAGACGCCGGCGCUGUGCUACGCUGACUUUUGUUUGCUUCCGCUCGGCACGGGCUCGGCUUCGGUUUCCAACGAGAUUGCGGGCGUGCAGAAGCUCAUCCGAGCCAGUGGCUUGAAGCACCAUAUGCACUCGGCUGGUACCACCGUUGAGGGUAGCUGGGACGAGGUCAUGGACGUCAUCGGCAAAGCCCACACGCUCGUCCACCAGAACGGCGUGGUUCGCAUCCAGUCGUCGAUGCGUGUUGGCUCGCGAACCGACAAGGUGCAGCACUUUGAGGAUAAGGUGAGGAAGGUUGAAGAGAUUCUCGCAAAGGAGGAAAACCAGUGA